GCAAGUGUGAAAGGCUACUUAAAAAUUCUCUGCUAUGGCAUCGCUGACAUCUUCCAGCCGCAGAUCCUCCUCAUCCUACCACUCAUCAUCACGUUACAGCACCUCCAGUUCCUAUCGGUCGGAGGGCUCACUAGGCGGAUCGUCCGAUUCUCUGGAUCCCCUUUUUGAGCCGUUUCUUGACUCUGCUGAUCAUUCAAGUCUGUUUGGAGAAGAGGGCCCAGGGGGAACCAGUUGUCUGCCCCCCUUCAACAGGCACAGCAGAUCCUCCUAUGGACACACUGGUCCUGUAGGCAGUGCUGUGACAUGCCGGCAGAGCAGUUCAGGUGGCGGGGUGCGAUGUCUGGGAGACAGCUACUACAUGUCAGCCAAUGUCAGCCAGUUUGAGCCACAUGACAUAGUGGUGAUGGCCUACAACCACCAUGUUGUCAUUCACGCCCAGAAGGUACUGGAUGAUGGAAGCAUCAGUGACACGUUCACCCAUAAGUCCCUGUUCCCCAAGGAUAUGGACCCCCUCUCGGUCAGUGGGACCCUUAACCCCGAUGGUACCCUGGUGGUCAGUGUCCGCCGGAUCACCCCACCAGGUGGCCUGGAGCCACUGGGUGCUCCCACCUACCGCAGUGAAGCUCACCUUUGACCUCUGGCCUCAUAGCAAUUCGAACUGUA